AGGCCAAGAAAUGGCUCUUUCAUAUAUGCUAAACAGCUACUGUGCCACUAUUAUUAUCCGUUUAAUCUGCGAGAAACACUUUAGUAUCAAAUUAAAACAAUGUACACUUGACACCUCGCAUUCCCGCUCAAAAAUGUCGAUACUGAAUCUGAAUUUUUAACAAUAUGUCACCAACCCUAGCGUAGUGUUUUUACGCCAUUUUACGCCUUAAACUAAUCUGUGUUUCGAUUUCUAUGGUCUAAUCUUUGACUGAAAUAACAAAUAUAGAAAUUGUUGUUGACUGUUGUUAUUUGAAUUUAAAACAAAAAUGUAAACAAAAUCUUGGACAGUAAGAUGAGUGGAAUUAAUGAUUACAAACACUUUUUCCCUAUUGACGGCAUACAGAAAGUAUGCGAUUUAUUUGAAAAACAGCUACGCAGUGACAAAGAGGCGGAUUUAGCAUUAUUCUCCAUUAUUGUCGGUGCGGUUGAAAACAAUUUAACAAAUAUUAAAAUAGGUGAUAAAGAUGUGAAUUUGCAUUCAAAUAAUUUCGUUAAAAUGAAAUUUCCAUGUAUUGAAUGGGAUGAAGUGCGUUCGCUUCAUGAACGAUUUGUUAACCUCAUGCGUACCGGCGUAGAUGCAAAGCUCCUGAGUGGCGCUUACGCUACAAGAGAUUUAGUUAAAAAGGUUGCGGACGUCGUCUGGAAUUCAUUAACUCGCAGUUAUUACAAAGACCGGGCGCAUUUGCAGUCUAUUUACAGUUUCUUAACAGGCAAUAAGUUAGAUUGUUUUGGUGUUGCAUUUGCUGUUACUGCUGGUUGUCAAGUAUUGGGUAAACAAGACGUACAUCUCGCUUUGUCUGAAGAUCAUGCCUGGGUAGUUUUUGGACAAGAUGGAAAGGAAACGGCAGAAGUGACUUGGCAUGGUAAAGGCAAUGAAGACAAAAGAGGCAGGUCAGUCGGAGAUGGUGUAUCAGCUCGGUCGUGGUUGUACGUUGCAGGGAAACCAGUAGUAUGCACAAGGGUAAUGGAGUUGGCAGCACUGGUAUCGUCAAUUAAUACAACUUUAACUCAAACUGUGGAUGUGCAUGAAGUAGCUCAAAUGCAACAUAAACUCCUCUGGUUACUUUAUGAUAGUGGAUAUUUGGAUGCAUACCCAAUGGCAUUGGGCAACUUAGCUGAUCUAGAUGAUUAUAUGAAAGUACCAAAUAUAACAAAAGAAAAUAAUACAACCUCAAGUACUGAUGAUAUCUCCAAUGUACAAAUGGACAAUACACAGAGACCAGAUGUAGCUGGGCUUUAUGCUCAGGCUAUUAAAUCUGCCAAAACAUAUUAUGAUGAUCGACAUGUUUAUCCUUACACACUCCAAGGAGGAUAUUAUCACCGCCAAAAGAUGUAUAAAGAAGCGUUCCAUGCAUGGGCAUCAGCUGGUGACGUUAUUAGGCACUAUAACUAUUCUCGUGACGAUGAAGAAAUCUACAAGGAAUUUGCAGAAAUUGCUAAUGAACUAAUACCACAGUUAAUGAAAGCUGAAAGUUCAGGACAUUCAGCAAGGUCUAUACUGAAGGAUCCUGAAUGUUUUGCAUCACUAUUAAGAUUUUAUGAUGGAAUCUGUAAAUGGGAGGAAGGUAGUCAGACUCCAAUACUGCACAUAGGUUGGGCAAAGCCGCUUGUGAGCACUAUAUCGAAGUUUGAUGCUGAAGUUAGGGCUCAAGUGUACAUAGUAUGUCGACCUGAUUCUGGUGAAGUUCUCGAACACCAAGAACCGGACGGAGAAAAAAAAGAAACCACAGAAAACGGCAAUGAAUUAAAAAGUAACAAUUCAGAAAACGCAGAAAUGACUGUACGUGAACAAUUAACGGCCGCUGUGAACAGUCGACCGCGUGUCACGUUAUAUAGUCAUAAAAUGGCUGCAUUAAAGCCAUUGCUGUUAGCAGAAAGACUCAAUACGCAUGCGUUACAAUUACAACUAACAGCUCAAAGUCAGUUACAAAGACCUCAGGUACCAACUAAAAGACGAGACGAUGAAGAUCAAAAUGCUUGUUUCCCGACAGCGCGGGCUAAGAGGGCACGACGUGAACGUUAAGUACCUCCUUCGACAUUAUCUUCGAUAAAAGUCUACACAGAAAAGUGACCUGUUCUGUAGGUAGUUCUUGUAGAGAAUGCUUCUUAUUUCGUCUUAGAAUAAGGAUGUUUUGAAAUUGAUUUUAUGUGCUGUUAGAAAUUACUGUUGGAUAAAAGUAAUGUGUAAACAGUCUAUAACACUAAACCAUCAAUUUGUAAAACUAAACAAAAACUACAUUAUUAUUAUCUAACAACAUUUAAUGCUUUCAUAAAAAUAUGCAUUUUGGGCAUGAAAUAAUCAAUAGUUGUUUUCCUGAUUUUCAUACAUAAUAUAAAAUUGUUAUCUAAUUUACUAUUAUGGAACAUAACUAUUAUGAAACAAAUAAAUUUAGUUUCUUAAAAUAUA